UUAAACCUUGUGUGCUCUUUAAUUCCCCAAUUUCGCUUCCAGAACAUUAGAAAAUAUUGUUAUAAAUGGUCUCAUUGUCAAUAAUAUCCCUGAAAAUUUUGGUUUAGUGUGAUCUAGAUAUCCAACCUCACUUAGAGGGAUAAGGGUUUUGCUGUCGUUGUUGUUGUUGUAUGCAUUUUCACUUCCUCUUAUUGUUCUGAUUGUUAAAAUUAUUAUGUUCUUAGUGGUGUGAGAGUCCUGAGAAUUUCUGGAAUAGGAGGGUUUCAAAUUGUUUAAUGCCUCUUUGAUGAUGAAUUAUCGCCCCUCAAAACUCACAAUUCUUUUAUACAGUUAUCAUCAUUAUUAAACCUUGUGAGGUCUUAGUCCCUUCAUUUUUGUUUAUGUAUGUUAGUAAAAAGGAUUGCCCAGAAUUGCAACUUGUGUUCCGCACGUUGUAUCCCCCUCAUUAUAGUUAUUUUCUGCAAGUUCUAUUUUUCUGCUAUAUUGACAAGGUAUUAAAUAUAUAGAGAUAGAUGUAUCCCCAAGUUCACUAGAUCUUAAACAAACUUCUUUUCAUAAUCAGGGUUCAUGGAUUAUGGUUAUGGAUAGUAUAUUUUGAAUGAUUGGAUCAUUUCAUUUCUAUAUAAAUGAAACAGUGCCUUUAUUUAUCGAAAAUUUUAGUGAGGGUUUAGCUUUUCAGUUUUCUGCACUGCUUUUUUUCGUUCUUGCUAUCACACCAAACUGUCAUUUAUUACUCAUGAAACAACCUUUGUGUUUGAUUCUGAACUGGGAUGAUUGCUUUUGUAGCUAUACUGGUCUUUAUUGAAUGUAAGUUAAAUUGAUUGCAGAUAAUACAAGAGUAUGCAUUGAUAAAUCUGCUGUUCAUGUGGCUUUCUGAAAUCUGAUCAUGUUAAUGGUUAUAAAAUCUGAGGCAAUGUGAAGGCCAUAGGAUCGUGACUCAUUUGUUUUAAAUUUUAAUGGAUAUUGUCAGUUAUGUAUGAAGUUUAAGGAUAAUGGGGCGAAAAGCUGGCGGACUUUAUAUCAACCCUAAGAGAUUUGGUCAACUUCAUAAACCUUGCAUGAAGGAAAUGACAAUGUUUCUCAACUGUAUGGCUACAUGCAAUAGUGACAUUAAUGCAUGUGCUCAGCAGAAGGAACUAUUAAAUGCCUGUAUCGAUUCGCAGAGUAAAAAGAAAAGAAACUCUUGGGGGAGCAUCAAUUAUCAGCUGCAGAGGCUUAGCCGAGGAAGGAAGUAGUUUGAGAUUUUCAGAUAUGAAUGAUUUUUACAAUUCAAGUUUGUUAUUUGGAAAGUUUAGCCUGUUACAGUACCACUUUGGUUGUCCAGCUAAGAUGACCUGAUAGUAACUUGUAUUCUCUCUUGAAAUAUCCUGAUAAUUCUUGAGGCUUUCGUUAUCUUAACCAUUUAACUAAGUUGAUAGAUUUGGUGGAAUUAUGUUGAAGAAUACGAAUGUAAUUUCUUUUUUGUAUUAAUUAAAGCUUUAAUAUGCUAUAUAUUUGAACAUGCUUGUGAUA